AUGUGGAAACAAGCGCCUUGUGAUGCACAGGCCUGGAACUGCUCCGCACAGCCCUGCGAUGCCUACGAAAAGGCGAGACGGAUCUGUGCGGCUUCCCUGCGAGAAGAAGGCUACCCGUGCUAUUUCUAUCCACCAAGCGAGGAGGCCGGAAUGCGCGAUUCGCCUUUCGAGUACCCGGAGCUGGCUCACGAUCAGUUCACGAACUUGUCAGGUUUCGCCUUGGGUUAUACGGGGACGUUCAUAUUUGUGUGCUGGUUGCUCCGACUACGACUCAUCCAGCUGCAGCAGCGUGCUGUGUACUAUCUGUGCUGCUCAUGCACACAUCCUGGAGAACUCUGCCUCUUCAUCACGUUCUAUGUCCUGAUGUUCGUCUGGCUCAUUGCCGCGGAAGUUCUUAUCUUCGUAUUCCUCUUCCCAGAUUGGGGCCCCAACAGCCUGUGGGGAGCUCUUCGGUUCCCUGAGACUUUGGAGGGCCUCACCGUCUCUCAGUACUCCUCCAUGGAUGGCUUCCCGGAGAUGCCGGUGCCGGGGUUCUUCAACGCGGCUCCAGCCUGGGUCAAGCUGGUCCAGUUCUUGAUCUUCGUGGCUGAGGUGUACAUCCUGUGCUAUGUCCUGCGUGCCCAUGCAUCGAAGCUCGACGAUUGCCGCAAGUUCUGGUAUCGCAAGUACCAGCGCAUCUCUCGACACGGAAUGGCCGACGAGUUUCGCUGGCUUCAGGUGCAAGACCCUGAAAGCAAUUCUGACGCUUGA